AGUAAACCAAACAAACCAAACCUCCAACAGAGGCAUAUUAUACUGUACUCGCGUAUGUCUUCAAGCUGCCAAAGCAUGGGCACACUUUCUAUCGGCGACGCACACAACACAUUCUACUGGUUUUUUUCUACUGCAAGCAAUGCUUACUAUACACAAUUUUUUAUGAUCUCCACCUUCACGGAAUAAACGGUAAAUAAGUGGCGAUUAAUCGAUGGAUUAUUGGUGAUGAUUUUGCUGUUAAUUUUUCACCGGGGUUAUCAUGUUUGAACGGCUUCGCGAAGCUCUCGGAUUAAAACGGCAUCGCAGCCGCGAUCAGGAUAAGGAGCGGAACGCCAGCGCGCGGGACCGCGGCCAAUCCCGGCAUCUGCUGGAGGAUGGCGUUGGCGGGUCACCGCGGCGCAGGAUGAGCCCGGCCAACGGGCUGAACGCGGCCAACCUGGCCGGAUUGACCGGGUUGAGCGACUUCAACCAGCUGCUGUCCUCCUUCGUCAUCGACACCUCCCUGGGCCCCAAACAGGGCAGGGAGAACGAGAAGCCCAUCCACUACGCCGUCCGCACCGACAAUUUCGCCCUGCUCGAGAGCCUGUUGAGUAAUUCCAAGUGGCGCUGGGAUCCGGAGAGCGUGGCCGACAGCUGCAAGGGUGAACGACCCAUCCACGUGGCGGCGGAAUUCGACAAUCUGUCGGCGUUCAAAUUCCUGCGCCAGCACCACGCCGACCUGCAUUCCAAGCAGACCGAUUUCCACUGGCUGCAGGCCGUCCACAUCGCCGCCGCCACCGGAUCGUAUAACGUCCUCCGCUAUUUACUCGUCGACGUCAUCGCGACCGAUAAUAAAAAGUUCGUCACCGCCGAGGAUUACGAGGGCGGGACGGCGCUGCACUGGGCGGUGCUGGGACAUCAUAUGGACUGUAUUCAGCUGUUGCUGGAGCGUGGCGCGUCGGUGGAUCACCAGCAAAGCCGGGGUCCCCAGUGCACGCCGCUGCACUACGCCUGCCUGCAGCGUUCCCUGGAGAUGGUCAGUAUAAUGGCGGAACUGCGCCCCGAGGAGUUCCGGCGCGCCCUCUCCAUCAAGGACUCGGAAGGGAGUACGCCGUUGCACCGUGCCGUGGCGCUGGACGACCCGGCGCUGGUGGAAUACUUGCUAGAUAAGGGCGCACCGACGGAUAUGCUGGACGCCGAAGGCCGCAGUCCGGUGAUCAUGGCGGCGGUGCGGGAAGCGUGGUACGCGGCGGCCGUCAUGCUCAAGUACGGCGUCAAUCCCUUCAUCUGUGACCCGGUCUUCCAGCGCACCACGGCGCAUCACGCCGCCAUGGUGGGCGCGAACCCGCUGGAUUGUCCGGAACUAAUCGAGCGCAUGAACUCGCAUCCUGAAUGGAAGAAGCGUCUGGAUGCGCUGGACAGUUUCGGGUACACGGCGCUACAGUACGCCGCAGGGUACGGUCACGUCGCCACGUUUAACGGACUGCUGCAGAUCGGCGCCAGUAUCGAUUCCAAGAAUCACAAGAAUAAAACGGUCCUUCAUUACGCCGCAAACAGGUACGGACAGCUGGAGAUGGUCCGAACACUGCUGGGCUACCCCAUCGGUCCACGCAUCCUCAACGCCAUGGAUCAUCGUGGGCGGGGCGCAUUACACAUGGCUGCGGCGUACGGUCACCAGCAAGUGGUGGAACUGCUACUGUCCAAAGGCGCCUUCGCUUUCCGCGACGAUUCCGGUCGAACCGCGUUCCACUUGGCCGCGGCGCGCAAUCAUUACCAGAUAAUGGAGUCGAUUGCUGUAUACUUCGGCGCGGUACUGAACGAUGCCGAUAAAUACGGGAACACCGCGCUGCAUUUGGCGGCCGCCAAUAACGCUGCGGAAGCGGUGACAUCCCUGUUGAAUUCCUUAACCAACGCCGCGAUGGUGGUACAAGCCGUGACGCGGGAGGAAGCGUCAGGGUACACACCGGUCGAUCUGGCCAUCCGCAAUAAGAACGAGCGCGCGGCACUGGCCUUCAUCAAUAGUAAACACUGGAAGCUCAUCGUCAUGCAGCACUCGUUCACAUACGGCACCGUCGUUCUCGGGUUGAUCGCGCAUCUCCCUAACGUGAUGAAACGAUGCCUGGAUCGCAGUAUGAGCGAAGCCAAAUUCGAUGAGCAUGGGUCGUACACCGAGUACGACUUCACGAUACUCCAUCACUGUACGAACGCGGAGAAGAGUAAAGGCCCGUAUAACAGUGUGGCCGUUCCCAUGCGAGCGCUGAAACUGAUGGCGACGAUGCGGCGCAGUGAUCUCCUCGCUCAUCCCGUUUGCACAACGCUUCUGGAGCGCAAAUGGAUCUCCUAUGGAAUGUACUGCUCCGGCAUCAUCAUGGCGUCCAACCUGGUCUUCGUGUCGGUGCUGUCGUACGUGAUGAUGUCGGCCGUCGAGAGUGAUUUGCGUCCCCACUUACUGGCAAAAUCCCGUGCCAACGUGGCCUUCUGCCAUCCCAACGGCUCGGAGGCCCUCAGCGGACCGGCAUUCGCGCACUUCCACGAGGAGAUCCUCUCCGCCAAGGAUUACUCCUUCAAAGACACCCCGGCGCUUUUAACAUUAGGUGUGGCGUUGAUCAUCAUCUUCCUCAAAGAGCUCGCGGAGUUGCGCUCCGAGGGUCUCCGGUACUUCAUGCAGUGGAUGAACUACAUGGAGAUCCUUCUGUUCAUCACCUGCGGCGGGUUUGUCUUCUGCUUCUACCAGGAUUACCGCGCCGGAGCCGUCGGACGCUAUACGUACCAGUUCGGGACGGUGGCCAUCUUUUUAGCCUGGUUCAACCUCCUCCGCUUCUUUCGACCAUUCGGGACAUUCGGAAUCUACUCGUUCAUGUUCUUCACGAUCCUGAAGACCUUGAUCCAGGUCUCCGGGUUCUUCUUCCUCCUGACGGCCGCUUUCACCGGGGCCUUCAGCACGCUUUUCCAGACGAAGAUCUACCCAAACUCCACCACAUACUACGCCAAACACGAUGAUCCCUUGGAUCCUGACGACCUGCGCACCUCGCACGAGAACGUUGUCAUCUCCGGGUUGCGCAUCGGCGCCAUGACCAUCGGGGACCUGGAGUCCCUAGACAACUUCCUGUACCCGCUGAUGGACGGAAUGAUCGCCUACCCGGAACUGGCGUUCCUCUUCUACGCCGUCUUCCUGGUUCUGAUGCCCAUCCUGCUCAACAACCUACUGACGGGUUUGGCGAUCGGCGACAUGGAGGCCAUCCGCAGCAACGCCGUGACCUUACGUCUGGAGAUGCAGGUCUUCCUCCACGAAUCCCUGGAGCGGGUCUUCCCGACGUUCCUUAUCCACCGCAUUCACCGCGCCACGGAGGUGUAUAAACUGUACACGCAUCGACCCAUUCCUUUCAAACACCGGGUGGCCAAGUUUCUGCAGAGCGGCGGCAUGGCCGAACCCAAUGUGCCGCACAUCCAGCCGCAGACACGCGAGUCCGAAGUGGAGGAUGUGCCGUUGAUGGCGCGCGACGAGACUUCCAAUUUGUAUAAACGGUUGCGACAGCUGGAUGAUACUGUCGCGGAACAGCGCGAGAUGCUGUCGCGGAUCCUGAAGCAAAUGGAGCGGGAUAGCGCGGAGCAAGAAGAUCCCUCCUUCAUCGCCAAGAUGCGGAAGCGCAGUGAGCGUGCCGAGGAGGACCGGAAGCACGCCGAGCGCAUGCACAUCACCGAUCGCAAGGUGUCCUUCCGACGGCAUGAUCCCUUCGAUCAGGACGACUAGGCCUGCUUUGCCAGCCACUUUUCCUCACGCUUUCACAAAACCGCCACAAGAAAUAGAUUAAGUUUUCCAUAAGAAUGGCUGCUGUUUUUCUGGAACUGUCUGGGAGCUUCACAAAUCGCUUGCUUCACAAAUCGCUUGUGCUCAUUUUUAUUAAUGUACUGUAAACUGUAAUUUACAAUAAUUAUUAAUAGCCUUAACUAUUUUUGUUGAACAUUAAAACAUUAAUUAUAUCAGAGAGCGAUAAUGUAUGCGCCCGAGGAAAAAGCGCGUUCCAGCUAAAGAUGUUGUUCUUGUUGAUACUUGUUGUACGUCUUAUGUAGGUCCAGUUUAUUUUUGGCAAUUGCUAAGCAACGCGACUUUCGCGCACACUGUAUUACUUUUGCAAUACGUAUUGGAAACUUGCUUUGUAUAAUAUAUUGCUUUGUAUAAUAGUGACACUACUUAGCACGUGGAACGGUGGAAGAAGAGUUCUUGCUUCUUUUGAUCUACAUAAUUUAAAUAACGCGAAAUUUCUCCUACUGUCAUGUUUCUCGCAAAUCUUGAGAACCCGUACCGCUAUCGCGUUCUAACACGCUGGUUGCAAUUUGUGGCCAAACUCAGGAGAUUUUCAUUGCGUUAAUACUGCGAAAUACAAUUUUCUUAUCAAAAGCUUCAUGACUGCAUAUUUUGGCUGGUUCCCCGUCGCCACCACCUCCGCCCUGCCUAUGUCCCUGCGGGAGGUGGACUGUCCGGAUGCUGUCAGCACCUAAGCCCGGCCGCGACGGGCAUAAAGUUCACGCUGCUGCUGCACCGCCGUCGUUGCACUUCGCCAGCGGCCGCAUCCAUGGCGCCCAGCCCUGGCCGGUCCCCGCGGCGCCGGCGUCCUCCGCGUCCCGGCCCGGAAGUGGGACGCGGCGACGGCGACAGGAACUGCGGGAGUUGGGAUUGUACAGUUCCGGAGAUGAGGAGCUGCGCUUGAGUGGG